AUGGCUUGCAGCGGCGAGAUGCGCCGUGGUCCCCAUGCUGCUACUCAGCUGCCGGCCGCGAGGGGGCGCCGCAGAGCGCAGAGGCUAUCGCGGAGCCCAUGGCGUCCCCUUCUGGUCUGGCUUCUGCUCCUUCAACCCUGGCUCACGGAGGCCUCGGAGGAUGGGUCGGCAUCCUUGCCUCCUCCAGCUCCCUCGGGAGGCGGCGCGAAGAACCGCAAGGUGGCCCAGCCACCCCCCAGAGGCGCUCCUGAAGUCCCCAAGUUGGUGGAGUUUAGCUUAGCGUGCGGCCAAGUGUUCCUGAAAAUCUUGGGAGGACACGACAGCGAGGAAGGGAAGUGGCCCUGGCAGGUGAGCCUGAGGGUCCGUAACAGACAUGUGUGCGGAGCUUCCCUCGUCACAGAGAGGUGGGUGCUGACUGCAGGCCACUGUAUUUUAAGCCAUUACCAGUACAGUGUAAUGAUGGGAGAUCGGAAACUCCAGGGUACAUUAUUAGGGUUGGUGGUCCCUGUCAGUCACGUGGUCGUUCACCCUCAGUUCUCAGCAAGUGGAGCCGUUAAAAAUGACCUUGCUCUUCUCUGGCUCCGCUACCCUGUAAAUUUCACUGGCGUUAUCCAACCUAUAUGCAUCCCUGAGAAGACUUUCCGCGUGCAAGCUGGGACCAGGUGCUGGGUGACCGGAUGGGGAAGGAAGCAAAAAUUUGGUGAGACGGGGAGGAGAUUUCUUUCUCUUUUUCAGGGAGAUUCUGGGGGCCCUCUGGUCUGUCGGUACAGUACCACAUGGGUCCAGGUAGGGAUUGUGAGCUGGGGCGUUGGCUGUGGUCGUAACAAUACGCCUGGAGUUUACACAGAAACUGCUGUCUACGCUAAGUGGCUAGAUGCAGUGGUGAACAAGGCUGCCUCUUUGUAUCCAGUGGUGCUCCUCCUGUUGCUGUGUGUGGUGUUGCCCCUGGGUCUCCUGGUGACCCUGUGAUCACCCUGGUCCACACUCCCCCCUGUUUCUGAGUCUCACACCUAGCCCUGCCUCUGAUCUCCCACUCCUAUUUUAGUGCCAAUUCCUGAAUUCCAUUUGGUAUCCACUGAUCUUGUGGAGAUUCACAUGACAGAGAGCUGGCAGCAAGAAGCCCUGGAAGUUUCCCUGCCUCAUCCAUGUCUACCCCUUGGCCGUGCUCUGCUUGCCAGGAAGGAGUGGGUGAAAACAUCCCAGCUGGAUGGACAGCGAUCUGCCAGGUGGACAUGAUGCUUCAUCCACAUCAUGGGGAACAUCUGGCAAAGAAGAGACAUCGUCACUGGUGAAGCAGUGUUAGAUCUGACACUUUUAUCAAACUGGUCUGUGUGGUGAUUGUUGGGAGAGAGCGAGGAGGCCCUGCCAUGUCUGCAUGCGAUUCAGUUAUCUGGGUUUGGAAAAGGUCCCCUGCUCCCCAGCGUAGAUCCACCUGUGAGUAUCUGCCUCUGCCACACAAGCCCUCCGGGGGCAACCCAGUCUUGGAACCCCCUUCCCAGGGCUCCAGUGGCCACAUCCAGGCUCACCCCAAGUUGUGUUGAAGUAUUACAGAGUGUGGAGACUUCUGACGUCAACCCAAUAAAUGUUUGGAGAGUCGUGUGUGUGUUCUGCAUCUCUACUGGUCUGGGGUCACUGAAGAGAACUUAUCUCACAUUUAGCUUAGAAAAGUAUUCAUGGUCUUUUAAAGCCCUGGAGUGAAGUGAUGUGAUGUGAUGUGAGUGGACAGAUGGCUUUAGCAGUUGGGUCCUGCUUCUGUGUCCCUCAUAGCUAUUAGCAUCUCUGCAGGGACCUUUGCAGGUGAAUUUGCUAGCCACUGCAUCUGGGAAGGAGGGAGUGAGAGAGAAGCCUGGAAGCCAAAGAGGGGUCAGGGCGUUGUGCCUAAACAUCACUCCACUUUUCUGUGUGAUCCUGUUGCUCCCCUUCUAGGUAUAUGGAGCCUGGAGCACCAGACUGCCUUGGCCAGGCUAUGGAGAACAGCACUGAGACUCAGGGAGGGGACAGUUUGGGUCGCUUACUGGUGGUUCAGACGGUAAAGAAUCUGGCCACAAUGCAGGAGACCUGGGUUUGAUCCCUGGUUCAGGAAGAUCCCCUGGAGAAGGAAAUGGCCACCCACUCCAGUGUUCUUGCCUGGGGAAUUCCUUGGGCAGUGGAGCCUGGUGGGCUGCACUCCAUGGGUCGCAAAGCGUUGGACACGACUGAGCGACCAACACCAUGCAUGGUGUGUUUCUACUGGCCCGUUUCCCUCACUGCCAUGUGGUCCCAGAUUACCUCUCUGUCAUUGUACAGAGCACUUCUCUGUUUCUUGAUUUCUUUCAUGAAAGCUUGAGUUUGCCUUCUUUUAGGAGAGGCUUGUGCAUUUUGCAUAUGGGGAGAAGGUGCAUAUGAAUAGUUAGGUGAAUAAAAAAGUCAACUUGAUGGUCUUAUGGCUUCUUUCAGACACUUCCUUCUGGGCAUAUAUGGUGUCAGGAUAAAGAAUACAUUUCCAACCUUCCCACCUGUCUUAAGUUUGGUAAUAAGUUCUGGUCAAUAAAAUGUAAGUAGUGAUGUUGAGUAUGAAUUUUGGAAGGUAUUAAAGAUACCUUUUAAAGAAAGAGAACAAGCCCUUUGUCACUUUCUUCUUUGCUGGCUAGAGUAUAUUCAUGGUGACUAGAGCUUGAGCAGCAAUCUUGGAACAUGAGGAACAUGUUAAGGGUAUAGAACAGAAAUUCAGAAGGCACUUGAGUCUCUGGAACGUAUAGAGCUGCCGUCACAUCUCUUUAUGCAAAAGAGAGAAAUGAACUUCUCUCUUAAUUGAGCCACCAUCACCUUCAGUUUCAGUUCCUCAUAGAAAAAUCUCACUUUAACUAAUUCAGUUGGUAUUAUAGCUUUAUUUCUGGAUUGUUAUGAAUAGAAGCUUUUAAAAUCAUUUAUUAUUUAGACUAAAUUAUUUUUAUUCCUACUUUGCUAUGUGCCAUUGCUUCCUUCUCUCAGUUCAGUUCAUUUGCUCAGUUGUGUCCGACUCUUUGUGACCCCAUGAAGCGCAGCACGCCAGGCCUUCCUGUCCAUCACCAACUCCCGGAGUCCACCCAAACCCAUGUCCAUUGA